AUGGCAAUUGAGCAAGAAAUAGACGAGAUCUUCCUCCACAACGCACAGCCCACUUCCGAUACGAACAAGAUCAGGAACCUGCAGGAGUACAUCGAACGACUUGGUGGAAUCAAGUCGCAUCUUGAGGUGAUUUCUGACCAGGUUGUUGGAAUCAAAACAAACUUCGAGAUCUACGAUAUUCAGCUUGAUUCACUUGCUAAGGACUUGCAGAUGAUCCAGGACAAGAACAGGGAGCUGGAGACGCGACUGAACAGGGACAAGGACGUCUUCGAGAAGCUGAAGAGCCUCACUCUCGCCCUGAGCAUCGAUGACACGCAUCUUCAGAUCCUCGACAACGGCAGCUUCACCAAAAUGGACGAUCUCGUCAAAAUGCAGGAGUCGCUGAACAUUCUGGCUGGAUUCCGCGUAGAGAAGUACACGAUUCGAAUUGUGCGAGAGACGAAGGAGAAGGUGCUGCGAUGCCAACGUGACUUCUUCAAGAGAUUCGUGAGCUACCUGAACAAGACAUUCGUGCGAUCAGAGAGCCAGGGCGAGCUGAAGGUGCAUCGAGACCUCUACAACAAGAUCAAGCAGUAUCGAUUCAUCUUCACGCACAGCAAGAAGUACGAAGACACCUUCAAAAUGGUCUUUGGCUCCUACACGCUCCACUCAAAGCGGCUGUACGAGGCUGAGUUUGCAGCCCACAUCGAUGCGAUUCUGAAGCUCGUGAAUGAUCCAGAGAAGAUGCAGCUGUCGAUGGACGUGUUGAUCAAAUCAUUUGAGUCACUGGUGACGUGUGAGCUCAACUUCCUGAUCAAUUUGGUCGAAGAGGACGAGACUGGUGAACAGGGUGCAAUUGACAUCUUCAAGGGCGUCUCUGGACUGAUAUUUGAGUUUCUUGAUCAGAUGUUCAAGCAGUCUCGUGCUAUCACGAUAAUCAGCCUCUCUAAAAUCGCAUCUGAUUCCGAGACACCUCGUGGACUGUUUCUACGCUCAUUCAGGGGCGACCUGUACAGGAAGUUUGAAUUGCUUCAAGAUCGAUUUGUGAAGGACGAGGAAGAGAAGUUGCGUAAGAACAUCAAACUUGAUUCUCUUCAACAGGUGCUGAAUCAGAAGGGAAUGAGUGACCUGAAAUCCAGGAUGCUACGGAUGUAUCUGACACGCUAUCUCAGGAAGGUUGAUGAGAUAUCACUUGAGAAGUUGAUCUACAGAUUCAAGGCGAUUCACAGCCUAAGAAUUCCAUUUGAGGUGGAAAGAGAGCUGCCAUCUGAUUCAGCCCAAAAGGGAGUUGUUCUGAGUGAAAUAAUGCACGCAAUGGAAGCACGCAUCGUCUCUGACGUGUUUGGAGGAGACGAUGAGGUUGGAAAUGUGAAACGAGUUGUUGAAAUGAUCCGUGGCAAAUCAACCAGGCCAACUGAGGCGGAAUUGCUCCUACUGAAAAAUGUUCGUGCAAUUGUCCUGGAAAACUGCUCUACUGAAAAUAAGACAAAAUACGGCAGAAUAUUUCAGUAG